UCCCCCCUCAGCACGGCGCCUGCGCGCCGCCGUGAGGGAGCCGCCAUGCCGGAGGGGAAAGCCGUGUUCCGGGAGGUGCUGCCCAAGCAAGGGCAGCUGUCUGUGGAGGACGCCGCCGCCAUGGUGCUGUGCAAGCCCAAGGUGCUGCCCCUCAAGUCGGUGUCGCUGGAGAAGCUGGAGGAGCUGCGGCGGGCGGCGCUGGAGGCGGCGCGGCCGCCUGAGGGGACACCCCCGGCCCGGCCCUAGCCCGGCCCCGCGGAGGAUUCUGCUGACACCACAGGAACACAGAGAUCAAGUAUCUGUGUACCGAAGGGAGAGCGACAAACUCCUGUCCCAGCCCAGAGUUAGUGGUGCCACAGCACAAGAUUUAACUUUCAGCACCUUUCCCUGCGAGUGGCACUCCAGUCCCUGCAGCACCCUGCCUGCUCUCCCUCUGUCUUACUGACUGCAUGACCAGACAGAUGAUACAGAUGAGAAAAAAGGCAUUUUCAGAAUACUUGUGAGUGAAAAUAUUCCCUAAGGGCAAAAAAAAAAAAGAGUAACAUAGCAACUGCCUCGUGCAUAACGUGGUCCUGCAGAGCUCCAGCACAACCAGAUCCCCCUGCUGUCAUUCAGCUCCCCGCUCCUCACAGUCUGCACAAGUAACAUUCAGAACAACACUACAGGUCACAGAAAUCUGAGCAAAGUUUUCCAACUAAUGCUUUUUGGAGAGAAGCCUUCCAUGAUCAAGAACUACAGCAGAAGUCCAAAAGCCUAUCCUUUCAUCCCAUCAGUCUCCUUUUCAAGCUUAGAAAAGCUAUGGAUGCAGAACUUAGAUGGAAUAUUAAUUCCUCAUUAAACUUACUUUUAUACACUCAUUAACUUCCUCUGUAAUAGUGAUCUCUGCUCAUGUAAAGUAUCAAUUUGCAGGGAAAAAAAUCUGAUACUAGAAGAAAAUUUUGAUAUUCCCACAUACCAUCCUCUCAGCAGCUAUGGCUACAACAAACAGCCUCUGCUCAAAGGCCACCACCAUCGAUCUGCUUGUGUUAUAUAGAAUUUACUUAUGAUCUCACAGCUGUAUUGAUCUCAGACCCUUUAGUAAUCUGUGUUUGUAAUCAGUAUUUCCUAUCCUCAGUGAUCUAAUGUUAUAAUGCACUCUUUGCCCAAUGAGCUUGACUUUAUUUCCCCCCGCCAGUAAUAUGGCUGUAAGGUACAAUCUUCCAUGACAUACCCUAAAUAAAGACAUGCAACCAAAA